CGUCCCGGGCUUUCCGCCGCGCUCCGAAGCUUAGUUCUCCUUGGUUUAAUUUCCCCUUUUUUUCUCAGACACUUCCGGGUCCUGCGUCGCUCCGGAAGCCCGCGAGUUCCGGAAGCCGGGGUAAUCCAGGUUCUGCUAGAAGCCAAGCCUCCCAGAAAAUGUCUCAGAGAAAGUUACGUGGGACGGGGGCGUUUCGCAGACUCCUAAGACCUUUCCCUUAACUGCCUGUGAAUAAGGGGAGUUUUGUGAUCCUUCAUGGUGUCUUCACAUUUCAAGAUUCAUUCUUUGUUUUGAAACCCUCCAAGAAGACAUGGCUUCCAGAGAAGAGAACAUGAAAAGGACGAACAGAGUGCUGAGAAUAAGUCAGUUGGAUGCACUUGAACUGAACAAGGCCCUGGAGCAGCUAGUUUGGUCCCAGUUUUCUCAGUGCUUUCAUGGAUUUAAGCCAGGGCUGUUAGCCCACUUUGAACCAGAGGUGAAAGCAUUACUGUGGCUUUUCUUGUGGCGAUUCACCAUCUAUUCUAAAAAUGCCACUGUGGGACAAUCCAUUUUGAAUAUUCAGUAUAAAAAUGAUUUUUCCCCAAAGCUGAGGUACCAGCCACCAAGUAAGAAUCAGAAGCUGUGGUAUGCUGUGUGUACAAUUGGCGGGACAUGGCUGGAAGAGCGCUGCUAUGACCUGUUUCGAAACCGUCAUUUGGCAUCAUUUGGGAAAGCCAGGCAGUGUAUGAAUAUCAUGGUUGGACUUUUUAAAUUAGGUGGGCUCAUUAAUUUCCUGAUUUUCCUUCAGAGGGGCAAGUUUGCAACUUUGACAGAACGUCUCCUAGGCAUUCGUUCUGUAUUUUGCAAGCCCCAAAACAUACGUGAAGUUGGCUUUGAGUAUAUGAAUAGGGAACUUCUCUGGCAUGGUUUUGCUGAGUUUCUGAUUUUUCUCUUACCACUUAUUAAUAUCCAGAAAUUGAAAGCUAAGUUGUCUUCAUGGUGUAUUCCUCUUACUGGUGCUUCUAAUAGUGACAAUACGUUAUCCACCAGUGGCAAACAGUGUUCUCUGUGUGGAGAGUGGCCCACCAUGCCUCACACCAUAGGAUGUGAGCAUAUCUUCUGUUACUACUGUGUUAAAAGUAGUUUCUUAUUUGACGUGUACUUUACUUGUCCUAAGUGUGGCACAGAGGUACACAGUGUGCAGCCACUAAAAUCAGGAAUUGAGAUGUCAGAAGUGAAUGCUCUUUAGAAACUAAGAUUGUUUCCUCUGAGGAAAACUGUAUUAUAUUCAAAUCCUUAAUGUUAGUCAUCCUAAGCAUACUGUUUAGGAGGGAAUGUGCUUUUCAGCCACUGUCUUCUAUUCCUUUCCAAGUAUGAAAUUCUAAUCACUAGACACCACAUGAUUCUGUAUAUAUUAUACAAACAAUAAUGUAUUACUUUUCUUUAAAUCAUUGCAUUCAGUUUUUAAUGUUGAGAAUAAUGGACAGUUUUUGUCAGACUACUAAAAACACUCUCUCAUUUUGCUACUUCCUGGAAAGAGGUUAGAUUCUAAAAUGAUUUCGGAGACUUGAGAUGAGUGUGUAUUUAUUUUCAAAGAUGGCAUUAUAACGUCAUAAUCUGACAAUGAUAAGACCCUGUUGUUUUGAGACUUAAGAUCUAGUGCCCCAGUUGUAAUUUUAAGCUACUCUCUAAAACCCGUUUUUAAAGCGUUCAGUUGGCUUCCCUCUCAGGCAAAAUAAGGGCCACCAGGAGCUCCAGACUGAUGUUUUGCCGGCUUUCUGAUUCCCUGGGAAUAAGAGCUUCUUGUGUAAUAGUUCAGGCUAAAUCCAGGACCUCAUUGUCAUUGGUCUGCCUGGGAUUACACAUUUGUGAGCCAGGACAAGAAAAGUACUAAUCUUGAUUACUAGAUGUAUACCACGUGGACCCGUAGUAGGAGAGAGGCAGUUCACAGGAAAGUCAGGUGCCAUUGUAAGAAUAGUGGAUGGUGGGCAGGUAGAAACAAAGAUCCCUACUAGAGUCCACAUUUACCUUUUUCAUAUCAAAAGUUUGUAUGUAUUUAAUUUUGCCAGUGAUCUAAGUUGAUGAGAACAUAAGUAACUGAGUGGUUGACUUAGAUUAAAGAUUUAAAAGGAUUAAAUGAAUAAAUAUUUUGUUAUACCAA